GAAGACUGAAGGAAAAGGGGGAGAGAAGCUUAUCAGUGCAAGUUUAUUGACCAAUAAUCAUCUCAGAUAUACUAAAGGCUCGUAAAUCCAUCACUGCCUUGAGAGUUUCAAGAGGAAGGAACAACGGACAAACAUUUCUUAGCACCCAGCCGAACUGUUUUUUUUUUACGAAAGUUACAGAGAGCCAAGGUGAACCAGACCAGGUCAGAAGAAACAGAAGGAUUCUGCUGGACGAUGUCUGUGCCAGCCAGAGUUGUCUACAAGAGGAGGGCGACCAUCACAGCUCUGCCUCUCUACUACUCUGGACACCUGCUGAAGAAACUCCGCAAAGAGAAGGAUUUCAAAAAGUACUAUGGAGAGCUACGAGGAGCCACACUCUUCCUGUAUAAAGAUGACACACAGGAUACAUACACAGAGAAGCUGGAUCUGGAGCAGCUGAAGUCCAUGGAGUUAGACUCUCCAUAUCAGAGGAAGGCACCAAUUAUCUUCACUCUCAAACUGCAUACAGAUGAGGUGCAGCUAAAGAUGGAAAACGCUGACACAGGAGAGGAGUGGAGGGGUUACAUCCUGACUGUGGUCAAAAAAAAGAUUCCUGGUAAACUACAGCUGCUGCCUGGCCAGAUGUUGCUGCUGCAGGAUGUUCUGAACCAGGAAAGGAGGAGAAAUCCCCCCGCACCCCAUCCUCCCCCCCCCCCCCGACCACCUUUCCUCCUCUCAGCCUCGCCCUCCCCUCCACAGCCCAAAGACGAGCCUGACAGCACCCCUCAGCUUCCUGCGUGUUUUUUCAACGUGAGUCGGCAGGAGGCCGAGCGCAUGUUAGAGGCAAACCCUGAGUUUGGAAGCAUCAUCUUCCGCCCGUCAACUCUGGCCAACAACUACGCCCUGACCCUCAGACAACUGAUGCCCAGUGGGCCUGUGAUGAAGAACUACAGGGUGACCUCCACAAACUCUGGGUUUGUCAUUGAACUGGACACACCAGUGUCUGUGUCCUCCUUGAACGACGUGCUUAAAUACUUCCUUGAGAGGACAGAGUACCGUCUUCAUCCUUACAUGGCGUCUCAGCCCUACGACACCCGCAUUGAUGUGUCACCUGCUCCCAAGUCUGUCAACAUCACCUCACCGACACCUAAAACAAUACCCAAGGCACAAGUGGCACCUAUGCCACGUUCAGAGAGCAAAGCAGAGCACCUGCCGCCUUCAGAGGACCCAGUGGAGGGUGAAUAUGUGAUUCCUGAUGAUCAGUGUCACAACCUAAAACUGGUUCAGUUGAACGGAGAGCUUCGAGAAGUCAUUAAGAUACGAAGGGAAAACUUUUAUACAGCUGACAAGAAGGAAGACAUCACAUACGAGAAUCAAACCAGUGAAAAACAGCACUCGGGCACAGCACAGUGGACUACAAAUACUUAAGGACUUGAAGCACGUACGAUCGUUGGACCUCAAAAGUAUUUUCUUUUAAUGUUUGACUUGAGUUGAGAGAUUACAUGCUCUCCUGUGGGUUUUAAAAAGUUCUUUAGGGUUGUGAAAGUCUGUCAGAAAUGCAUUAGGAAUGUGUGGGGGUAAAUUUAAAUGAAAAAAGUUCACAACUUUUCAAUGCAGGGUUUACAGUCUCAAACUCCCCGGAGGCCACUGGCCAUGUGGUUCUGUCUUGUGUUGGUCUCUUUAGUGUAUUAGUAUGUUAACGCUUCUUAGUUAGCACUUAACACAAAGUACAGCAGAGGCUGAUUGGAAGGUAGUUUUGCUAAUAUAAAAUGCUGCGGGGAUAUGGAAUGGACAGUAAAUUUUUUCUCCGAUACUAGAGGUCAAACAAAAGCCAGAGACUCUAUCGUAUGAAGUUGCUGUGACAAGUAAAUUCACCGCCUCUAAGCAGAAGGCUUAACUCGCAGCCUGAUGGAACAAAGCUUCACCUCCUCUGAGCAGCUGCCUCCAUCUCAGUGAGACCAAGCGGCAACCUCUGAGGCAAAAAAAUGAUAUGAAACAGAUAUGAAACCAUUUUUGACAUCACUACAUGUCAAACAAAAGCCAAAGACUGUAUCAUAUUAAGUUGUUGUGAGCUGUAAAUUCACCACCUCUAAGCCAUCGUUAUCUCUGAACCUGUCCAGGAAAAGUUUAUCUUCCUCUGAGCAGCUGCCUCAAUCUCAGACUCACUUUGGGUCUGGGUCAGGAGCUCCCUGUAACAGAGAGCAGCCUGCACAGGGAGCGCUUACUCUGCUGCUAAAUGUAAGGACCGAAACAUCACCAAAAGCACACUGACUGACAAAACAGAAAGUAAAAAUUCAAAAGUUCGACUUUGUGGUGUCUCAGACCGAUGAUUUGAGUCUUUGAUUUUCAAAGAGCAGCCCCACAUUUCGAAUAAACAGGAUUUUCACUUUGCAACAAUAUAACACUAACAGAAGAUUAUUAAGGUAUAAUAUUAUCUUCUUGAUAAAGAUUUACAAAUCACUGUAAAAGGUUUAUCAUGUAGUACAGUCAGUAUCUUUUGGGUCUAAAUGACAAGCGAUAACAGCUAAUGAGCUCUUACAUGUACAUAAAUACAUUUUUAUAACUAGGAUUUGAAUAAAUUAAAUUAGAUGUUUUCGUCUCAGCCUGGAAACUUUGUCAUACUUUGUUUUUGCUCAGUGAUUGUAGUAUAAAAGUGUACAUUUUAACAUAAGGUGAAAUUGUAAGAGCCAAUAAUUCAACAAAUCAGAAUGAUUGUUUUUGAUAGUAAAGAAUGAUCGAACUGUAAAACUACAUACAUGUGAAUCUUUGUGUCCUUUUGUU